GCCAUGAACCCCAUCCAGAGACCUGAGAUGUACAUCAUCGGCGCUCAGCCGGUGUGCAGCCAGCUGCCGGGGCUCUCCCCCGGGCAGCGCAAGCUCUGCCAGCUCUACCAGGAGCACAUGGUGUUCAUCGGGGAGGGGGCCCGCAGUGCCAUCAAGGAGUGCCAGUACCAGUUUCGGCAGCGGCGGUGGAACUGCAGCACGGUGGACAACACCUCCGUCUUUGGGCGGGUCAUGAAAAUAGGGAGCCGAGAGACUGCUUUCACCUACGCCGUCAGUGCUGCCGGGGUGGUGAAUGCAAUCAGCCGGGCUUGCCGUGAAGGAGAGCUCUCCAGCUGUGGCUGCAGCCGGACCGCCCGGCCCAAGGACUUGCCCCGAGACUGGCUGUGGGGUGGCUGCGGGGAUAACGUGGAGUAUGGAUAUCGUUUUGCCAAAGAGUUUGUGGAUGCCAAGGAGAGGGAGAAGAACUACGUGAGAGGUUCAGAGGAGCAGGCCCGCAUGCUGAUGAACUUGCAGAACAACGAGGCUGGUCGCAGGGGGUGCCCCGUUGUGUCAGGCUCCUGCAGCCUCAAGACCUGCUGGCUGCAGCUGGCUGACUUCCGCAAGGUGGGCGACCUGCUGAAGGAGAAGUAUGACAGCGCUGCUGCCAUGAGGAUCAGCCGGAAGGGCAAGCUGGAGCUGGUGAACAACCGUUUCAACAUGCCGACGCAAGAGGACCUGGUCUAUGUCGACCCCAGCCCGGACUAUUGCCUGCGCAAUGAGACCACUGGCUCGCUGGGCACUCAGGGCCGACUGUGCAACAAGACCUCAGAGGGCAUGGAUGGGUGCGAGCUGAUGUGCUGCGGGCGGGGUUAUGACCAGUUCAAGAGCGUCCAGGUGGAGCGUUGCCACUGCAAGUUCCAUUGGUGCUGUUACGUCAAGUGUAAAAAGUGCACAGAGAUCGUCGACCAGUACGUCUGUAAAUGAAAAGAGCCACCAAAGCAACAA